AUGGCCUUCUCGUGGCAGGGCGUCUCCGGUGUCCUGAGACCGGAGCUGGAGGCGCAAGAGGAGGAAGUUCCAAAAACUGAACUGAAGCGUUAUAAUGGCAAUCAGUCGUAUUAUAACCGGAAGCUGAUUGCCCUGGGCAAGGCGCAGGCAAAGGCUCUUGCCGAGGCUCGGGAAGGGUUCGUCAAGGAGUCCUUCUACCGUGAAGCCGAGUUCCGGGCGCAGCAGGCCGAAGAGGCCCGGAAAAGGGCGAAAGCGGAGGUGGCGGAAUUGACGAAGGUCCUGGAGCAGAAGGGCCGGGAGCUGGAGGACGUCAUCACCGAAUACAAGGUGAAGCUGGAGGCCGCGACUGAUGCGCGGGACUCUGCACGUGGGGCUGCCGCGUCUCUGCGGGAGGAGGUGGCGGCCUUGAAGCAGCAGCACGCCAAAGAACUUGCUGCGGAGAAGGAGGCGUCCGAGGGCAUCGUCCUGGCGGUGCAGGCCGAGAAGACCAACUUCGAGGCUUUCGUCAGGGAGAUGUCGCGGCAGAUUCUUGGUACGUGCGACUUCGUGGAGACGGCGACUCCACGGGAAUGCUCGUCGACCGCGACCGCGCGUAUCAUCGCCUGCGCGGGGAGAUACUUGCCGCGCUCCAAGCACCCGAGCCCGCGGGAGGUUGGCCCCCUGCACGCCGCCGACUCCCACCAAGACCUUCGACGCUUCGUCUGA